UCCCAAACGCCAGAGGGAUGCGGGCGGCAGAGCGCGAGAGGCGGCGGCCGGGCUGCGGGGCGCUGUGACGGUCCCUCCACCCAGCCUAGUCGCGCGCCUCUCCUCUACCCGCUGGCCGCCUCCUCUCUGCCCCCUUGGUUCCUGUCUCCUGCUCCUCCUUUGCCCCAGCCCCGUUCCUUAUGGCAGCAGCUCCCCGCAUCCGGGGCGCAGCUUCUCAGCGGACUAUCCUUUCGCUCCCGGGGCUGAGCCGGGUCACUGGAUGUUGCUGAAAACUCCCGAGAUCAUGCGCUGCUUUGGCCGCAGCCUCCCCGCCGGCUGUCCCUGCCGCCGCUGCCCCCGCCGCCUCCUCUGCUGCCGUGGUCCCCGGGAUGCUCAGUAGCCCGCUGCGUGGCCCCCGCGAUCCCGUGUUCUUCGGAAGCCGCUGGUUGCUGCAGAGUUGCGCGAAGUAGUCAUGGUGCUGUGGGAGUCCCCGCGGCAGUGCGGCAGCUGGACACUUUGCGAGGGCUUCUGCUGGCUGCUGCUGCUGCCCGUGACGCUGCUGAUCAUAGCCCGCCCGGUGAAACUCGCUGCUUUCCCUACCUCCUUAAGUGACUGCCAAACGCCCACCGGCUGGAACUGCUCCGGUUAUGAUGACAGAGAAAAUGAUCUCUUCCUGUGUGACACCAACACGUGUAAAUUUGACGGGGAAUGUUUAAGGAUUGGAGACACGGUGACUUGCGUCUGUCAGUUCAAGUGCAACAGUGACUAUGUGCCUGUGUGUGGCUCCAACGGAGAGAGCUACCAGAAUGAAUGCUACCUGAGGCAGGCUGCCUGCAAGCAGCAGAGUGAGAUCCUUGUGGUCUCAGAAGGAUCCUGUGCCACAGAUGCAGGAUCAGGAUCCGGAGAUGGAGUCCACGAAGGCUCUGGAGAAAGCAGUCAGAAGGAGACCUCCACCUGUGACAUUUGCCAGUUCGGGGCAGAGUGUGAUGAAGAUGCUGAGGAUGUCUGGUGUGUAUGCAACAUUGACUGUUCGCAAACCAACUUCAACCCCCUCUGCGCUUCUGAUGGGAAAUCGUAUGAUAAUGCAUGUCAAAUCAAAGAAGCGUCAUGUCAGAAACAGGAGAAAAUUGAAGUCAUGUCUCUGGGUCGAUGUCAAGAUAACACAACUACAACCACUAAAUCUGAAGAUGGGCAUUAUGCAAGAACAGAUUAUGCAGAGAACGCUAACAAACUAGAAGAAAGUGCCAGAGAACACCACAUACCUUGCCCGGAACACUACAACGGCUUCUGCAUGCACGGGAAGUGUGAACACUCCAUCAGUAUGCAGGAGCCGUCCUGCAGAUGUGAUGCUGGCUACACUGGUCAACACUGUGAGAAAAAGGACUACAGUGUUCUCUAUGUCGUUCCUGGCCCGGUCCGGUUUCAGUACGUCUUGAUUGCAGCUGUGAUUGGAACAAUUCAGAUUGCUGUCAUAUGUGUGGUGGUCCUCUGCAUCACAAGAAUUGGUGGCAUGUCCUCGUGACUUCCUUAUCAUAAUCUAGUCCAGGAAACAAAGAGAUCAAGGACUUCUACCACAGUGACAAAGGCUGGCCAAGCAGCAGUCGUGAUGGAGCAAAGCACGCUACUGAGUGUUCUGGAUUGUGUUUACACUUCCUGAGAGAACUGUCCAUCCUGGAAGUCAUUCAUCUAACAGACAAAUUUCAGGUUUUCCUCUCAAUCUUUGAAUCCCCAGAUUGUGCCAACCUUCCGAAAGCAAGAUUGCCUAUUGUCCUGUGUCUCAUUAAAGGUCCUGCAAUCAGCGGGAUGAGAUCCGCUGACCAUCAUCAUGUGGACUGGAAAGAGGAGAAAAUAAACCAAGAGCCCAUCCUAAGGAAUCCCAUCAAAAAAAAAACCAUUAUAGUACCUUGUAUACUUCUUCAGGAUGAGCAAAGAAGUCUUUUCUCCCUGCCUUGUGGAUGUCUUGAUUUUAUACAAUAGCUUAGCUAAUACUUUGAUUGAAAAGACACCCCAUCCUCUCGGUUUAAUAUAAUAGCCAUUA